CCGAUCCCUGCCAGCCGCUGCUUAUCGUGGCGUUGCCGUCGCCGUGUGACCACCACCGACCUGAGACCACCAACAUCCAGUCAUCCACGCUCUCUUCCCACAUGACGGCUCCCCAACUCUAGCCCGGUUUUUCUCCAUCGACAAGCGAUGAAGAGCCAAAUGUCCAGGUAGCCACCGUUUUCUACCUGAGACGACAACGACGUCUCGGCGGUCAUCAGCCGCCCUCGCCUAGCCUAGCCCAGCCCAGGCCCAGUCAAGGUAGCUCCGACACAGGCCAGCCUCGGAAACGAAACCCAUAGCGGACGAUAUCGCAUACAGUCCUACAAACCGAACCGAGGACGCCAUGGACCGCAUCAAGGCCUUCUUUGCGCCGCCAAAGGCAAGCGCCGAGGAGUAUGAACCGCUGGCGGACGAUGACUCGGGGACGCUGGAGGGGUCGAUAUACGAGGAGGCGACACCGUUCUCGUGGAUUGAAUACUCCAUAUUCGCCUUGAUUGGCGUCGCCAUGCUGUGGGCGUGGAACAUGUUCCUCGCCGCGGCUCCCUACUUCCAAAUCCGCUUCCAGUCCGACCCUUGGAUCUAUGCCAGCUCGCAGUCGGCCAUCACCUCGACAUCCACCGUCGUCAACCUAGGCGCUAUGUUGAUCCUGACAAGAAUCCAAUCCUCGGCGAACUACCCCCCGCCGCAUCAACAUCGCCCUCCUGGCCUAAUGCAAAACGGUGCCUUCUCCUUCGUCGCUAGCUUCGGCCGACCGGAGUAUACACAAGCUAUCAUGGUCGGCCAGGGCGUCGCCGGCAUCCUCCCGCCCCUGGCCCAGAUGUUCUCCUACCUCGCCUUCACGGACCCAUCACCCGGGAUUAACCCUCCCGACCAACCCAGCAGCGAAGCAUCCGCCUCACUGCAAAACGAUGAAGGCGCCACCGCCGCCUUCGUCUACUUCCUCACCGCCGUGGUUAUCUCCGCCCUCACCGUCCUAGCCUUCAUCCCACUCGUGCGCCGGCACAGCCUCCUCACACGCUGCCGCCUGGCGCCCUCCCCAGGGACAGACCUCUCCCAAUCCACCACGACACUCAACUCAGCCACCGAGGGCGAGGAAACGGCGCAGCUAGGGGCGCAGGCCCUCCCAACCCGCCGGCACGUGCCCCUCGCGACGCUCUUCCGCAAGCUGCGCUGGCUCGCGGCCGCCGUGGCCAUGUGCUUCGUGGUGGCCAUGUUCUUCCCCGUCUUCACGGCCAAGAUCCUGUCGGUGCACGACGGCGACCCGGCCGGCGGCGGCCUGUUCAGCCCCGGCGCCUUCAUCCCGCUCGGCUUCUUCUUCUGGAACCUGGGCGACCUGGCCGGCCGCGUCUCCGCCGUCCUGCCGCCCUUCGCCUGGCUGCGCCGCCACCCGCGCGUGCUAUUCGCCGUGGGCCUCGCCCGCUGGGUGUUCUUGCCGCUGUAUUUGCUGUGCAACCUGCAUGGGCGGGGCGCCGUGGUGGGGAGUGACUUGUUCUAUUUGGUCGUGGUGCAGUUUCCGUUUGGGCUGACCAAUGGCUGGCUGGGGUCCAGUGCCAUGAUGGCUGCGGGCGAGUGGGUGGAUGAGGAUGAGAGGGAGGCUGCGGGCGGUUUCAUGGGCAUGUGCCUUGUGGGUGGGUUGGCGUUGGGCAGUGUGCUGAGCUUUACCGCUGCGGGUGUGUAGCCUUGUGUGGGUGAGAGAUGGGUGAUGCGGUCGGGAUGUGGAUCGGAUAUGGGUUAAUUUUUCGGAUACGGCGCUUAGGAUAUGGUGUGCAUAUGGAUUUCUUUAGCAUGGAUUUUUCGAGCAUAUUAGAUCUGCCUAGACAGAAUUAACGAUACUACCCCAACAUUUAGCGCCUGACACCACCAACCAAGCCCAACCCAACCCUUCGAUCACAUGGAACACCCUCAACACCACUUUACCUCAUACCAUCAUAAGGUAAUUCAAACUAAUUCAAACCUCCCUCCCCCCCCCCUCUCCUUCCACCAUCCCCCUCCCCUCAAGCAAACAAUCCGUCC